AUGACAGAAGUGCAGUAUCUGGGGCAUAGAGUAGGAGGGCCCCUACGCCCUGAGCCCAGUAAGGUGGAGUCUAUUAUGGCCUGGCCAAUUCCUAAGACCAAAAAGCAGGUAAUGUCCUUUUUGGGGACCGCAGGGUAUUAUCGUAGAUUUGUCCCAGACUAUAGUAAGAUAGCAAAACCUCUCACAGACUUGACAAAGAAGGUGUCCAAGCAAAUUACCUGGACUGAGGAUUGUGAGAAGUCCUUCAUUGCCCUCAAGACUGCAUUGUCCAACUCUCUGGUCCUCCAGGCCCCAGAUUACAGUAGAAGGUUUGUGGUACAAACAGAUGCUUCCAAUUUUGGGCUGGGGGGGUGUUCUUAG